AAGAAGAUCACAGAACGGGUCACACGUCAAACACAGACUGAUAUGUUAUUAAUCUUCCACGAAACAAUCCCAAAUAACCUACUUUGUUACAGCUCUGCUAUAUAUAUAGAGGAUGAUCCCUAAACUUUUCUCCAACAUAUUCACACAUUACUUUUCAUUAAUAUCCACUCUAAGUGUGCAGAUUUAGUGCCUAAUGGCUUCAAUGAAUUGGCGCUCUAAGAGCACUAGUUCUUUUGCAUUUGUUAACACUGCUCUAUGUUUGUUGUUGGUUUUGCAUUUCUCUACAACUUGUGAAGCUAAAUUGUCUUCCAAGUUUUAUGACAAAACCUGUCCCAAUGCUAUUAGCACCAUUCGAAGCUCUAUUCGAUCAGCAAUUUCCCGAGAACGUCGUAUGGCAGCGUCUCUCAUUCGUCUUCAUUUCCAUGAUUGCUUCGUUAAGGGCUGUGAUGCAUCAAUCUUACUUGAUGACUCUCCGAGAUUCAAAACCGAAAAGAGCGCAUUGCCUAACAGGAAUUCAGCAAGAGGUUAUGAACUCAUAGAAAAUGCAAAAGCAAGAGUUGAGAAAAUAUGCCCUGGAGUUGUAUCUUGUGCUGAUGUCCUCGCAGUUGCAGCACGUGAGGCAUCACUUGCUGUAAGUGGUCCAUCAUGGACAGUGAAACUUGGAAGAAGAGAUUCAAAAAGAGCAUAUCCAGAUGAGGCCAAUACCGAUCUUCCUGGUUUCACAGACAGCCUUGACAGACUUAUAUCUAGAUUUGCUGGAAAAGGCCUAAGCGCAAGAGACAUGGUUGCAUUGUCAGGAGCACAUACAAUUGGACAAGCUCAAUGCUUCACUUUCCGUAACAGGAUUUACAGCAAUACCAGCGAUAUCAAUGCUAGCUUUGCUCGUUCUCGAAGAAGCCGUUGUCCUGCUGCUGUAAACCAAGGCAGUAGCAAUUUGGCACCCCUUGAAUUGGUAACGCCCAAUUCAUUCGACAACAAUUACUUCAAGAACUUGAUUCAGAAGAAGGGUCUUCUUCAAUCUGAUCAGGUUCUGUUCAGUGGAGGAUCAACGGACAGAAUUGUAUCAGAGUAUAGCAAGAACUCUGCUAGAUUCAGGGCUGAUUUUGCUGCUGCGAUGGUUAGGAUGGGAGACAUUAAGCCUCUCACUGGUUCUGCUGGGCAGAUAAGAAGGAUUUGCAGUGCUGUCAACUAAAAUUUGUGACUACCUUGCUUCAUUCAUUGAUGUCCCCCUAUGAAAUAUAUAUUCCUUUGGAUAAAAUUAUGCAUUGGGUUUUAUUGUUUGUAAUAAAGAGCAAACUCAGAUGUUUGUCAGUAAUUUGUAUUUGAAGUUUGAUCCAAUUGUAAAAAACAACUGUGUGCAUAAAAUGUAUAAAUCAUUGUAUUUUAAUUAAUAAAUGAUUUUAUUUUAUUUUUUUUCUAAUAA